AUGGCACGGGAAACCGGAAGUAACCGGUCAGUCGACUUCCGACUCGGACUCUGGCACUACCUGGGGCUCGCGGCUCGCGGCUCGCAACCGAUUCAAACUCAGAGGAGGAGGAAACGGAGCCCCACCCCCCCCCCGAGGCUGCUGCGGUCUCUGAGUCCUGCUGCCCCCCCCCGGCACCUCCAUAACCGAGUCCGGGAGCACCAGAAACUGUUCCAGGAGGACAAUGGGCUCCCCGUGUAUCUCAAGGGGGGGGCCAUGGACUCGGCCCUUUUCCGCCUGACCUCCCUCAUCUGUACCGGGGGUACCUGUUACUCGCUGUGGUGCCUGGGUCAGGCCUCAAGAGCCAAGAAGCCCUGACCCCCCCA